AGCCCCUGCGCUUGCCCCGGAAGCGGAAGUGUGCAAACUAGGAGGUGAGAGGGUAGGGAGCGAAAGGGCCGCUAGCGCGCCGGGUUUUCGCCUCGUCCUUUGCCGGCCAUGGCGCGGAUCUCCCGUACGCUGCUCAUCUUCGGUGGGUUCGUGGCUGUGGUGGGGGCGGCGUUUUACCCCAUCUACUUCCGGCCGCUGCUGCAGGUGGAGCAAUACAGGAAGGACCAGGCAACAAAUCGAUCUGGUAUUAUUCAAGAGGAUAUUCAGCCUCCAGGGUUAAAAGUGUGGUCUGAUCCAUUUGGAAGGAAAUAACAUUAUCUGUGUACAUCACAAGGUGUGUCUGAAGAUGGAUAUGUUCAAAGCAACUGUUUUGACUCAUACACUAAUGAGUGUAUUGUUCAGGUGUUGCUGGAGAAGGAUUCUCAAUAUGGUGGUUUAGGUGGUCACUUCAAUGAAUGCUGCUGAUUCUGAAGAUUAAUACUACAUUUUUCUUUAGAGUUCUGUAGCUACUGGAACAAAAUGGACUGACACUGAGAUGGCUGAAUGAUUUUUCGAGUUUAGAGCCGAAACACUUUUUCAUACGUUUGAGGGAAGAGAAGAGAACUUGCUAUUGGGGUUAAUCUAUAGCCACUUAUAGAAUAAAUCUGAUCAGAAUAAAUUAUGCAGAUCAUUGUAGUUUACUCCACUGUUUGAUUAUUCCUUUUUGAGUUUAUAAAUACAGAUGAAAGACAUAGUAUAUGCAAGAUGAGUGAACAAUGCAGAAAGAAUGUAAUGUGAUAUAACUGUAAAUCUGUAAACAAUAUUAAAAU